AUGCCCGCUCUUGCCAGGGAUAUCAUCUGCGUGGAUGAUGAGUGCUAUGCUCCGUGGUGGGCGACAAAGACGGGCAUCAUGAUUCGAUGGAUCCUGUUCUUCGUCGUCCUGCUUUCCGUCGUGCUGUACGUGUUCGGGGGCUAUCUGCAUGCCCAGAGAAGGGUCCGAAAGGGCCUGCGGCCGCUUGCGUAUCACCGGUGCCUGGUGAGUCGACGGUCCUACGCGCCAGCCCGCGAGGAGAACCAGUGGCCGUCGCAAGGCCCGUGCCACUACCCGCCGCAGCAGAGCGGCUACCAACAGGCGUACCCGAUGAACGACAUGCCUCUGCCGGCCUACGACCCGAACAGCCCCCCCGUGUACCCGGGUCCUCCGGAAGGAGGCUCCAAGGUCGAUCCGUCGCAGAGCAGGCCGCCCACCCACCGAGCCCCGGCGGAUCAUCCCGCGCCGGCGUAUACGCCUCCCCAGGGACCGCCGCCGAACAAGUCGAGUUGA